CGGGGACUAUAGAAUAAUUUUCUCAAUCAUGUAAUAAGUAAAUUAAUUAACGUGAUGUUUUUUUCUAUAUGUUUCAGAGAAAAGUGUCGACGUCAGCACACCCUUUGGUCAGUUCACUCUUGAUAUAAUCCUAUCGGCUGGUUUUGGUCUUAAAGCAGAUGUCCAAACCAACCCGGCGGAUCCAGACCUUGUGAAAAAGGCAUUGAGCGUGUUCAUAGUACCCGUGUACAUCCGAGCUCUGACCAUGUUUCCUUUCUAUCGCCACCUGAAAAAGAUCUUCGACUUAAAUCCAAUUCAGCAUGUUCCGUACUUCGCGAAACUGGCUAGAGGUAUUCUAGAACUCAGACGCAGUGGCUCGGUGGGACGGAGAGAUCUUGUUCAGCUCAUGUUAGAGGCCACAGAAGAGAGCAACAACGAAGUCAAAACACUGACAGAUGAAGAAAUUAUAGCUCAGUGCAUCACCUUCUUGGUGGCGGGCAGUGAAACAACCGGGUCUACACUGGCUCUUAUUGCAUACCAUCUCGCUUAUUACCCUGAGAUACAAGAGAGACUUCUGCGUGAAAUUGACGACGCUACAAAGUCGCGCGGUGAUGUUUCAAUCUACGAGUUUGUUCAGAGCCUUGAGUACCUUGACCGAGUUGUCUCCGAGGUUCUCCGUUUGUGCACGGUUGGUUAUGUUAAUGUCCGUGAUUGCAUGGAGACCUGUGUAAUCAACGGCGUGGAAUUCCCUGCUGGAGCCUGUGUUUAUAUUCUGUCGUAUUGUGUCCAUCGUGAUCCUGAUUACUGGCCAGAGCCUGAGAAAUUCGAUCCAGAUCGCUUCCUUCCUGAAGUUGCCGAAAAGCGGCCAACCUUCUCUUACUUACCUUUUGGCCUGGGUCCUAAACAGUGCAUUGGCAUAAGAAUGGCUCAACUUGAAAUGAAGUUGGCGCUGGUUAAAAUUCUGCGGAAAAUGAAAUUUGAGAGGGGAUUGGGUACUACCGAAACCAUCAAGUUGCACGCUUCCACCAUUUUAGUGCCACGUGAGCCUAUUUGUGUCAGGGUUGUGGCAAGAUCUUCUCAAACCAUGGCUACAGCAUCAAAAUGAGCCUGCAGAGUUCACUGUUCUGAUUAAUUGAAAUUUGACUACAUAUACACUGUACUCACAGGGCGCUUUCCAUUUCACCAAAAUACACGGUUUGAAUUUCCGUCAAGGCGAAUAAAAGAGCAUUUUGCGGAAUUUCCCUAAAAGAGGACAACCUUGCGAG